GGAACCAGGAAAAUGUCUACUCAAACACAGCAAGAAUGGACUGCUCAAAAAGUCCGUAAUACCUUUUUGGAUUACUUUAAAGAACGUGGCCACACCUUCGUUCGUUCAUCUUCAGUCAUCCCAUUUGAAGACCCAACUUUGUUGUUCGCCAACGCUGGUAUGAACCAAUAUAAACCAAUCUUUCUGGGUACUGUUGAUCCUGCCUCUGAUUAUUACAACUUGAAAAGAGCAGUGAAUUCGCAAAAAUGUAUCAGAGCUGGUGGUAAACAUAACGAUUUGGAAGAUGUUGGUAGAGAUUCUUAUCAUCAUACUUUCUUUGAAAUGUUAGGUAACUGGUCAUUUGGUGACUAUUUCAAAAAAGACGCCAUCAAAUACUCUUGGGAACUAUUAACUAAAGUUUAUGGUUUAGAUCCAGAUAGAUUAUAUGUCACUUAUUUUGGUGGUGAUGAAGCUAGUGGUCUGGAACCAGAUCUUGAAGCUAAACAACUAUGGUCCGAUGUCGGUGUUGCUGAUGAUCAUAUCUUACCAGGUUCAGUUAAAGAUAACUUUUGGGAAAUGGGUGAUCAAGGUCCUUGUGGUCCUUGUUCAGAAGUUCAUUAUGACAGAAUUGGUGGUAGAAAUGCUGCUCAUUUAGUCAAUGAAGAUGAUCCAAAUGUUCUUGAAAUCUGGAACAACGUUUUCAUGCAAUUCAACAGAGAAGCUGACCGUUCAUUAAGACCAUUACCUUCGAAACAUAUUGAUACCGGGUUAGGUUUUGAAAGAUUAGUCUCUAUCUUACAAGGUGUUUACUCAAAUUACGAUACUGAUGUUUUUCAACCUCUGUUCAAAAAAAUCCAAGAAAUUACUGGUGCUCGUGAAUACACUGGUAAAUUUGGUGAUGAAGACAAAGAUGGUGUCGAUACUGCUUACAGAGUCUUAGCUGACCAUGUCCGUACUUUGACUUUUGCCAUCGCUGAUGGUGGUGUUCCAAACAAUGAAGGUAGAGGUUACGUUUUAAGAAGAAUCUUGAGAAGAGGUGCUCGUUACGUCCGUAAAUACUUCAACUACCCAAUUGGUAACUUCUUCUCUCAAUUAGCUCCAACUUUAAUUGAACAAGUCAAAGAUAUUUUCCCAGAAAUUGCUGAAAAUACAGCUAGAACAUUUGAAAUUUUGGAUGAAGAAGAAGCAUCAUUUUCAAGAACUUUAGAUCGUGGUGAAAAAUUAUUUGAACAAUACGCCGGUGCUGCUUCAAAAGGUGAUAAAACUUUGAACGGUAAAGAUGUUUGGAGAUUAUAUGAUACUUAUGGUUUCCCAGUUGAUUUAACUACUUUAAUGGCUGAAGAAGCUGGUUUGAAAAUUGACAAUGAAGGUUUUGAAAAAGCUAGAAUUGCAAGUUAUGAGGCUUCAAAAGCUGGUGGUAAAUCAAAGGGAUCCAACUUGGUCAAAUUAGAUGUCCAUGCUUUAGGUAAAUUAUCUGAACAAUCAUUACCAAAGACUGACGAUUCAUUCAAAUUCGGCCUGGAAAAUGUUGAAGCUAAAAUUUUGGCUAUUUAUGAUGGUAAAGAUUUCGUUGAUGAAAUCACUGAUAUCACCAAACAAUACGGUAUCAUUUUAGAUAAGACCCCAUUCUAUGCUGAACAAGGUGGUCAAGAAUAUGAUACUGGUAAGAUUGUCAUUGAUGGUUCUUCUGAAUUCAACGUUGAAAACACUCAACAAUACGCUGGUUAUGUCUUCCAUACCGGUAGAUUAGCUGAAGGUAAGCUGAAAGUUGAUGAUAGCGUCAUUGCUGGUUAUGAUGAGCUACGCCGUUGGCCAAUAAGAAACAACCACACUGGUACACAUAUUUUGAAUUUUGCUUUAAGGGAAGUUUUAGGUGAUGAAAUUAACCAAAAAGGUUCUUUAGUUGCUUCAGAAAAAUUAAGAUUUGAUUUCUCCCAUAAACAAGGGUUGACACUAGAUGAAGUUGCCAAAGUGGAAAAAAUCUCAAAUGCUGAGAUUCAAAAAGCUCAAUUAGUUUAUUCAAAAGAAGUUCCAUUGAAAACUGCACAAAGUAUUUAUGCCGUCAGAGCUGUCUUUGGUGAAACUUACCCAGAUCCAGUUAGAGUUGUUUCAAUUGGUCAUCCUGUUGAUGAUUUAUUAAGCGAUCCAGAAAAUCCAAAAUGGCACGGUAUUUCAAUUGAAUUUUGUGGUGGUACCCAUGUUGCUAAAACAAGUGAUAUCAAAGAUUUUGUCAUUACUGAAGAAUCAGGUAUUGCCAAAGGUAUUAGACGUAUUAUCGCUGUUACCGGUAACGAAGCUCAUGAAGUUCAAAGAGUCGCUAGUGAAUUUGAGCAUGAAUUAGAACAAGUUGGUAAAUUAGAAUUCAGUCCAAUGAAAGAAAAGAAACUGAAAGAAUUAGGUGUCAAAUUAGGGCAAUUAAACAUUUCUAUUUUAACCAAGAAUGAAUUGAAAGCUAAAUUCACUAAGCUGGACAAAGCUAUCAAGGACGAACUGAAAGCACGUCAAAAAAUUGAAAGCAAAAAGACUUUAGAUGCGGUUAAAGAUCAUUUUGCUGCUAAUGAAAAAUCAAACUUCUUAGUUACCCAUGUUGAUAUUGGAUCAAAUGCUAAAGCUAUCACUGAAGCUAUCAACUUUAUUAAAUCUAAAAACCCAGAAAAAUCAAUUUACAUCUUUACAGGUAACCAAGAUAAAGUUGCACAUGGUUGUUAUGUCUCAAACUCAGCUAUUGAAAAAGGUGUCAAUGCUACUGAUCUGGCUAAACAAGCUUCUCAAUUCAUUGGUGGUAAAGCUGGUGGUAAAGGUAAUGUUGUUCAAGGUAUGGGUGAUAAAGUUGAUGGUGUUGAGGAUGCUGUUAAAGAGGUUGAAAAACUAUUGAGCGAAAAAUUGAUCAUUUAAGUUGGUCUACAAGAUUAAUUUAGAAUGAGUUUUCAUUGUUUUUAUUUGUUUUUCAUUUCAUUAAUUGAUUUCAAAUUUGCAUUCUUGCUUUCUAGAUUUUUUUUUUUGCCAUAUAUUUAGUCUGAUGUAUUUUUAAAGUUAUAUAGCUGUUUAUAAUGAAGU